AUGGAACUCAGGAAGUGGAACUCUAACACAUGGGAAUUGUUAUCAAACUCUAAAAGUGAAAUACCUCUUACGUCCAAAGAGGAGGUGAAAACACUGGGCAUUCGUUGGAACCCGCAGGAAGAUAUGUUUAAAUUUAAAGUGACAAUACCUAGCGGAUUCUGUAAAUCUAAACGUGCCAUUCUUUCAACUACUGCCCAAAUUUACGAUCCAUUAGGUCUCAUAGGGCCAGUUGUAGUAAAGGCCAAGCUGUUUAUGAGGAGACUGUGGAAGUUGAGCGUGAAUUGGGAUGACAAAUUGCCGAGUGAAUUUGUAAGCGAAUGGAAUGCUUAUAAAGAAAGACUAGAAACUAUGGAAGAAAUACAGAUACCACGUCAAGCGGUAAUUAAAGGCGUCAUCGAAGUGGAAAUGCAUGGAUUCUGUGAUGCGUCGCAGGUAGCUUAUGGAGCCUGCAUUUAUUUGUGUUCUAAAGACUCUACGGAAAAAAGAACCGUACGAUUACUAACGUCCAAAUCACGUAUAGCUCCUAUGAAGACUAUUUCAAUUCCGAGAUUAGAAUUAUGCAGCGCAGUACUACUUGCGAAACUUGCUAGCAAAAUAAAAAGCGUUAUGACAUUUUCGAUAAGCAAGUAUGUCUAUUGGACUGAUUCUAGUAUUGUUCUUCACUGGAUUCGAGGUGAGCCAAACAACUACAAGGUCUUUGUAGCGAAUCGUGUUGUAGAAAUUCAAGGUCUAACGCAUCAAGAGGAGUGGCGUCAUGUAAGGACAAAAUCCAAUCCUGCGGAUAUGCUGUCUCGAGGGGUGGAUCCUCGUGAAUUACCCCAUUCAGAAAUGUGGUGGUCGGGGCCACCGUGGUUGCAAGAAAUUCCGGAUCAAUGGCCACAGAAUAUCAAUGUAGACAUACUGGAAAAGCACCGUUCGGACACUAUCACCAAGAAAGAGAAAUCAUAA